AUGGCCGGAGAACGCCAAGACAACGAGCCGAUUUUGAAUCGUGCUAUCCAGAAUGUUUCUGGUCUGACUAUGCGACAGCAACUACUAGUAGAGCGGCUCUUGGAGAACGCGGACGAGAACGGAAAUGUCACCCUAACGGUUCAAGAAAUUCGGCAACUGUUGGCAUCUCCAAACCACGACGAUCAUUUGAACCACCCUCACCAGCAAUUGAGUGCCCACGCCAUUGCGAACGUCGCUGCGGACAGCCAGGAAGCGAUGCUACAGCCUCAGACAACAGCAGCACCAAAUUUCCCUCGCCGACAGGAGAGCAACACUUUGCGCACUGUUGUGCCGGCGCCAAUCAUUGAUGGCACACAAGCAAUGGUGGUUGCCAAUGGCCCUCUGGUGGCGCCAGUGUACCAGGCAACGAUGGCAACUGGCCGUCCGCCAUUGGUUCUUCCAGCAGGAGGCCUCCCCAUAGUGGUACCUGUUCCAGCGCACAUGAUGACCGGUCGUGCGGCAGUCAUUGCAGACCUGGCUGCUCAAGCGCGGCAUUGUCUGCUGAAUUUGAAUCAACAGCGUCAGGUAGCCGAAGCACAUCGUGAGGAACGAGAAACUAUUCGUUGGAUAGAGUCCAGAGAAGAAGAAACUCGUCGUCAACAAGCGGCUGUGGGCGCCACUAUGGACAUGCUCCGAGCGCAACAGCAAAACAACAUGUCGGUACACAACAACAGAGAUCGAGACUUUAUGUUUGUUCGGAUUAUUGAACAGUUUCGGCGUGUAGAUGCCAACCGCGAUCAGGACAGAGAAAGACGCCAGCGGGACGAAGUCCUCCAGAUGUUGCUCAAUCAAAGCCAACCAGACGAAUGUGAUUGA